GUUAAUCGCCGCAAUCCGGCAUAUACGAGUAAAUACACACCGAGAUGAGCCCACCUGGUAAGGAAAUAAUGGUUUGCUUAUGUAUCCUUCCAACACAUUAAUAUGCAAUGACAUCAGCACUUUCGCAAUGCGGUUUAUCAUUGCGAAACCAUUACUAUUCAUUUUCGUCUAAUUAGGUCGACCAAAAUGAGCGCAACUCAACAAGAAACCACCAUCAACGUGCAAGAUGCUGCUGGCCAGUCUAGCGUUGCGGCGGCAGGCGGUAAAUCUGAACACCAGACAGUUCAAGAUGGCCCUCCACCACCAGCAUAUCAGCCGUCCGUCGCGACAAACCCAUACAACCCACAGCAACCCUCAAUCACACCAGCGGUCGACAUCACAGCAACCCAACAAGGGAGCGCGGCGAUAAAGGAGCCCCAACGACUAGUCACACCUCUACAGGCGCUAACAGAACAACCGGCGUGGAUCGACUGUCCAUUCUGCAAGCAAAGGGCUCAGACGAGAUCGACUAGGCAGGGCGAUUCGCAGCAAGCACUUGCUUCGUUCCUCUGCUGUCUCGUAUGCAUCUGCCUAGUCUGCCUGCCGUGCAUCGCAGGAUGGUGCGAGAACAUCCAUAUAUACUGCAGUCAAUGCGGGAGAGAGGUCGCCAUGAUCCCGCACGACGGGAUGAUCCAGGUCGCCCCCGUCCCGCCCGAGGGCGGUCACAAUGGCCUGAGGCCAUCACGGUACGCUUCGUAAGCGUAGAGCGGUGCGGAGGUGAAUCUUAGAAUGAUGAGCGUAGAUCGCAAGGGAGGGUGAUGAAGGCUUAUAUAGAGUUAAGCAUUAAAGUUGAAACAAAUAUCCGGGUGGCGCACUUCAGACUUAGCUAGGUGGUAAAUCAAUCAGGGGUUUCAAUCUCGGACUUUCAAAUACGGCGGUAAUCAGUACCACUCUAUUUUGUAUUAUUAUUAUAUCAUUAAUCUAAGUAUGUAUGAGGUAUCUGAUGUCUUAUAUACGAGACAACAAAAUUAUAAACACGAAACUCUUAGAAAUAUGCCA